AUGUCGAAAGGGUAUAAUAGUGAUGUUGAGGCUUUGCGUCAAAAGGAAUAUCCACAUAUGAAUGAUGGAGUCUACCUAGACCAUAGCGGGGCAACUAUCUACGCAAAAUCUACUGUUGAUUCAUUUUGCGCAAAGAUGGUUACCAACUUGUACGGAAAUCCGCAUUCAGAGAACUUCCCGGCUAGACUUUCCGGAGAAGUCGUCGAUCAGGUCCGAGAGAAGACGCUCAAAUUUCUCGGCGCGGAUCCCGAGCACUUCGAUCUCAUUUUCGUGGCAAACGCCACUGCAGCUAUCAAGCUCGUCGCAGAUUCUUUCAGAGACCUCUCUGAAAAAACGAGUGACCGGAGGUUCUGGUAUGGCUAUCAUAAAGAUGCGCACACGAGUAUUGUGGGGGUGAGGGAAUUGACAUAUGGGCAAUCCUACUGCUUUCGAACAGACCAGGAAGUAGAAAGGUGGCUCCGUUCCCCUGAAGCUACUUUUGUUAACCGCUAUCAUCUUGGCGGCCUAGGACUGUUCGCGUAUCCUGGGCAAUCUAACAUGUCUGGUAGAAGACUACCCCUAUCAUGGCCCGGAGUUCUACGACAGUCGGAAUAUUUACAGAAUACUUAUACGCUUCUCGAUGCCGCUGCAUUAGCUAUGACAUACCCCAUGGAAAAUGUCUUCCAAGACCCUGACCAAGCACCAGACUUUACUUGUCUCUCCCUAUAUAAAAUCUUCGGCUUUCCAGAUAUUGGGGCAUUAGUUGUUCGGAGGCAGUCAGGACACAUUUUGACCCUUAGGAAGUAUUUUGGUGGAGGAACUGUGUCAAUGGUUGCGACAUUCGGCGAGAAUUGGCAUCGUUCAAAGGGCCUUCAAGCGCCCACUUACAAGCUACACGAAGGUCUCGAAGAUGGCACCCUUCCAUUCCACAGCAUCCUCGCGCUUGGGGAAGCCAUCGAUGUCCAUAAGAAGUUAUACGGUUCAAUGAGCAGGAUCUCGGACCACACUUCCUACCUCACCACUAGAUUGUUCCGAGGCUUGAUCACCCUAUGCCACACCAAUGGGCGACCACUCUGUCGCAUCUACAACGAAAAUAGCGAUUUUGAAGAUUCAGCGAAGCAGGGCUCCGCUAUCGCUUUCAACGUGUUACGAGCAAAUGGGCAGCAUGUGCCGUAUUCCGAUGUUGAACGCUCAGCAAAUUCCGCUGGGAUUUACAUAAGAUCCGGAGGGGUAUGUAAUCCUGGUGGCAUUUUCACAGCCCUAGGAUAUGAGCCAUGGAUGACAGAACGCGCCCUUUCUGCCGGUCACCACUGUGGCUCACAUGGCAUAAGCAUCAUCCACAGAGUCCCUACAGGGAUUGUUCGAGCAAGCCUUGGGGCUAUGUCUACUAAGCAAGACGUUGACACUUUGCUGAACUUCCUACGCACGACGUUCCUUGAAGACGGGCAAGAUCGGCCAACCCCAACCACGACGACGAUUCGCUCCCCACGCGCCGAAGCUCUCGGAUUGGAUCUUCCUGUUGAUUACACUACAAGCAACUUCCCCGAUGUACGAGAAGUGCCACGCCCACAUCCUAUGUUGCAUCAUUUCUCAACAGCCCCCGAAGCUACACCGAGGGUCACUCCUCUCGCAAUGCAUGACCUGAUCCACGGCCUCGCUACCGUAAAGUAG